UUAAUCAUGGAUAGAGAGGGUAUGUUAACAGUGAGAGUCUUGUCUAAGAAAGAAAAAUUUGGACUUCUUGAUUCCAGGUCAAAUGCACUAUAAGCCAGCCCACUGUAAGUAAUGUUAAUUUGUAGGCAACGUUGUAAUUUACUUAAAGUUUAUUUUUUCUUUACAAUAAUUUAUUCAGGAUACAACAGCAUGUUGUUGAACCAUAUUUCAAGAUAAGGUCAAGAACAGCCCAACUUCGUAGGCUUCAGGAGGCAUGUGAUAUUUUAAGAAGAGUGAUAAGGGUAAUCUAUCUUACCAAACGACUUCAAAGCCAACUUCAGGGAGGAGUGAGAGAGAUCACCAAAGCUGCUCAAAGUCUCAGUGAACUUGAUUAUCUUGUUCAAGGAGCAGAUCUCUCUGGAAUCCAGGCUGUAGAAAAUGACUUAAAAGUUGCUGCUAAGGCAAGGAAAGAAGUUGAAAACCAGGCACAGAGAAUGUUGGCUCAAGGCAUGGAAACACAGAAUCAAACCCAAGUAGCUACUGCCCUGCAAGUGUUCUACAACCUUGGCUCACUUGUAAGCACUGUGGAUGAAGUUGUUAACAAAGUAAGGGACAACUUGAAAAAUGGAGUGAAGGAAGCCUUGGAUCCCAACACACUCUCCCAGGCUCAACCUAAUGCAGGGGCUGGUGGUCCUGGUCGUGCAGCAAUGCCCACUCCUGGGAACACUGCAGCCUGGCGAGCCACUCUGUGGACCCGUAUGGAGCAACUCAUGGACUUGAUUUAUUCAGCAUGUGGCCAGGUGCAUCAUCUUCAAAAAGUUUUGGCCAAGAAACGCGAUCCUGUCACUCAUGUUUGCUUUAUGGAGGAAUUAUUGAAGGAGGGAAAUACUUGUAUUGCCUCGUUCUGGAACUCGGUGACGUCAAUUUUGACCCAGGAAUUUUCACAGUCAGCCCAAGCGUCGACAUUCUUGAAGCAAGCGUUCGAGGGGGAAUACCCAAAACUCUUACGACUGUACAAUGAUUUGUGGUCUCGCCUACAGCAGUUUAGCAGCGCGUCAAAUGUACCUUCAGCUACUCUUGUAUCGCAAAUGGAGCCUUCAUUCAGUCUGUUUCCAGCACCUGAGGAUGACUUUAGUAUAAGUCCCGAACAAGCCUUGAAGGACAGCCUUGCCCCGUUUGAGAAUGCCUACCUGUCCAGGUCUUUGUCCAGACUGUUUGACCCCAUUAACUUGGUGUUUCCCUCUGGAGCACGCAAUCCUCCGUCCAAGGAAGAGCUGUCCAGUAUCGCAAAGACGAUUGGCAGUGAGCUGAGUGUUGCCAGUGUAGAUGUGGGUCUGACCAUAACUGUAGCAAGGAAUGUCGCCAAGACGAUACAGCUGUACACCGCAAAAUGUGAACAACUGCUCGUUACUAGUCCAGAAGCGAAUCAGUUGUACGAACACGUGACUUCAGCUCAGCAGAAGAACGCUUCGAUCGUGAAUAGCCUGUUUCAAUUAUAUCAGGCUGUUACCAAGAUAGCUGAUGGUCUUAGGUCUCCCCCUACCGUUGCUGUGAACGCAAUCUCAACUGGAUUACAGGGAAUUCUAGCACUCAUUAAUUCUGCUUUGGAUCCACUACUCGAAGCGAUCUCGCUGGAUUUGGAGAACCAUAUAUUCAAGAUGCAUUCAGAGGACUUCACAAGUUCGACCCUGUCACGUGAUAUAGCUGAUAACCCGGAUGCUCCUUGUUCUGGCUACAUACAAGAGAUGCAGGAUUUUAUUAUUCAUGUUCAAAAGAACUACGUUGCACUUUAUGAAUGCAGAGAGAUUCUUCACCAGAGGUUGGAAGUUGUCGUUUGUCGAACCAUUGAGUUGUUUGUUCGUCACGCCAGUUUACUGAGAGCCAUUGGAGAAGGAGGCAAACUGAAGCUGGCAGCUGAUAUGGCUCAAAUUGAAUUUGCUGUGGGUCCGCUGUGUCAUAAAGUGUCUGAAUUAGGGAAGUCGUACAAGCUCUUGAGAUCUUUUAGACCUCUGCUGUUUCAAACCUCAGAAGAUAUUGUCGGUAAUCCUGCUCUGGGAGAAAGUCUUCCUCACAGCGUGGUGCUUCAUCAUCUGUUUUCUAGAGCUCCUAACGAACUCAAGUCCCCUCAUGAGGUGGCUGGUUGGUCGUUAGGUUUCUAUUCUCAGUGGCUGGAUGAGCACACAUCGGAGGAAGAAAAACUUGCACUUAUUAGAGGCACACUGGAGGCGUAUGUUCAGUCCGUCAGAUCACGAGGUGAAAAAGAAUUUGCUGCUAUCUAUCCCAUCAUGCUUAGGAUUCUUCAAGCUGCCAGCGGCUCGCCAACCCCUUGACACUGUGCAGAAGGGAAUCCAUAAUUUUGACUCGCACUGUUUUGCAGGGCAAGUCUAAUGCAGGGUAUAUACUAUAGGGAAUAUGAGAAGGGAAAGGGGAUAGUUGAUAUUCAGAUUGGUAUAUAGCAUAUCUUUCAAAAACCAGAAAUUGGUAAAAACUGUGGUAGUAACUGAGUUGUAGUUUUAGUUUUUGACAUUAAAGGCACCCUUUAUUUUAUCGGGUACAAAUAAGCAAGGUCACUUCUAAAACGCCAAAGAGUGGGCGAAACAUGGCUGUAGGAAUUAGAUCGCUAUACGUAUAGAAAACGGGAAAGAACAAUUGCUACAACUUAGCUCCACACUGUUCUUUCAGAAUUAAGUUAUUGAGUAAAUAAUAUUCAGAAUAUAUUGACUUGAUACGCGUC